AUGGCAAACAAAAUUGAUUUAAGUAGCGUUAAAGCGAUUCGAAAGAAGAAUCCAGCAACCUAUAAGAAUUUAGUAAAGAAACUGAAGAGGAAGCAGAAACAAAAUCACACCAAGGAAUCGAACGGUGAAGUUAAAACGAACGGACAAGUCUUGAAGGAAAAUCUAAAAACACACUUUAAAGAUUUCGAGGAACAUCUAAAGGAUUCAGAGGAUGUGGAGAUAGAAUACAUAUAUAAAGAGGAGGAUGUUGGAGAGUUUGGAGAUGUGUUCGAGAAGUUCUCGGAGAUGGAGAGUCAGAAGAUGGAAGAGGAGCCUCAGCCGGAGGUGGAGGAGCCCGCAGAGGAGCAGUUUGACGACACAGACUCUGAGGAAGACGAAUCGCACAAGAAGAUGAGCACGAAGAAGCUACUGAGGCUCAUGAACAGGCCGACACUAUCUCAGCUGAAGCAGUACGCAGAAAAGCCGGAGGUGGUGGAAAUAUGGGACACGACGGCAGCAGACCCGAAGUUUCUGGUGUGGCUGAAGGGACAGAGGAACACGAUCCCAGUGCCCUCGCACUGGAGCGAGAAGACGAGGUUCAUGCAAAACAGAAGAAGCUCAGAUAAGCCGCCGUAUAAGCUGCCGCCGCACAUCGAGGCCACGAAGAUCUCGGAGAUCAGGUCGGCGCUGCAAAUCAAGGAGAGCGAAAAAACGCUGAAGCAGAAGCAGAGGGAGAAGGCGAGGCCAAAGUCGCACAGAAUGGACAUCGACUACCAGACGCUUCACGACGCCUUCUUCAAGUACGCAGUGAAGCCGCCGAUGACGAAGUACGGAGACGUGUACUACGAAGGGAAGGAAAUGGUGCUGCGAAUGCGCAACUGUAAGCCUGGUCAGUUAUCAGAGAGGCUGAAGCACGCACUGGGAAUCGGCGAAAACGCUCCGCCGCCAUGGCUGAUUAAUAUGCAAAGAUUUGGGCCGCCACCAAGUUAUCCUAACUUGCGGAUACCGGGAGUUAAUGCGCCAUUGCCAGAGUCGGCAUCAUUUGGAUAUCAGCCAGGAGGCUGGGGACACCUCCCAACGGAUGAGGCGGGAAACCCGCUCUACGGCUACUUCGACUCGUCGUACUACGAAGACAACCACAUAGAUAAAACGUUCUUCGGCGAAGUGGCGCAGGCACCUGAGGAGGAUGAAGAUGAGGAAGAGUCUGACGAGGAGGCAGGCGAGGAGGGUAGGACCGACCACCUGUCAUCAGAGACCCCGUUGUCAAUGGGUAUGAAGACUCCUCUGGUCGACGUUGGUUUAUCGGCGCUGGAUACACCGAUGCAGAGCACAAUGCAGCCGACACAGGCACCAAGAAAGGCAUACACAGUGCUGGAGCCGAAGGUGGCAACGGCCUCAAACGCGCUCUUCGGAUCACAAAUCACGUAUCAAAUGCCGCCGCCAGUUGCAACGCCCCUGGGAAUGGGAGGAAUGACAACACCAAUGGGCGGUAUCGCAACGCCAUCUCUAACGACUGAAGAAGUCGAUGGCACGACUACGACCGACGAAAUCAUGAGGCAGCUCAAGUACCAUGAAAACAAGGCUAAAAAGGCACACGAAGCAGCAGGUCAGAUCGAAGUGCAGGAAAACAAGGACCCGAACAAGAAGAAGAAAAAGAAACAGUUCAAAUUCUAA